AUGUGGUCUACAAGCCUUAUAAUCCCCCUCCUUGUCCUAGCGAUUGGAGGCGAAUGCCGGUCUUUACUCAAUGUCGACACGUCGACCACGCCCGCUCAGGCAUCAAGAAGUCGCUCUAGGCGAGCCGGGCUCGCCAUCGCCGCGCAUGGGGUUCGAUACAACUACGCGGGGUGCUACACCGAUAAUGGCAACCAGCGGACUCUGUCCUUUAAUGCUGGUAUCGGCGGCGUGACGCCAGAGACGUGUCAGGCGGCUUGCCAGGGAAAAGGCUACGUGUAUUCUGGGACAGAGACUCAGUGUGGCAACUCUCUUUCGAGCAUCGCCCAAAAAGGCAGCGACAGCAAUUGCGCCUCACCCUGCGCGGCCGACAACAGCAAAAUCUGCGGCGGCGGGUGGUAUCUCAGCAUCUACCAAAGUGUUGCCACCGCCGAUACGCCCACAUCGCUGGGAUGCUUUGCCGACAAUGGCUCGGCUCGCACGAUCAACGGUCCUUCAUUCUACAAGUACGACCUUACUCCUGGCAACUGUUUUGACUACUGCGGGAAACUGGGCUAUUCGGUGGUCGGACUGGAAAAUGGUGGAGAGUGCUUUUGCGGCAGUGCGACACCUGCCACUUCGCUACAGUUGGCCAGCAGCGAGUGUUCCUCCAGGUGCGGCGGGGAGCAGGGCUCAUUCUGCGGCGGAUCUUACCGGCUCAAUGUCUACACCUUGCCCACUUGCGACCAGAAGAUCACGACGAACUGCGCCUAUCCCGCCGGCUACAAGCCGCCAACCUCCACCACAUCUUCUGCGCCCACCUCUGCCCCAACCGUCUCGGCUCUGACGCGUCUCGGCUGCUACAGCGACGACAGCGGAACCCGGACUCUGAAGGACUCGACCAUCUACAAGUACGACUUGACACCGAGUGACUGCUUCAACUACUGCGGCAAGCUUGGUUACGCGUACGCGGGCAUGGAGAACGGCAACGAGUGCUACUGCGGAAAAGACGCCCCGGUGCCUACUCGGAAGGUCGACAACUCGCAGUGCUCGACUCGGUGCGCUGGCGCCUCUGGCUCAUUCUGCGGAGCACCUUACCGUCUGAACAUCUACCGCAUCACCGCCACAUGCAACUCUCAAACCACCACACAAUGUGUCGCCGGGACCUCAACAUCCGCCCCAGCACCGACCGCUACCAUCAAACCCCUCCCAGCGGGUCUGAAAGGAUUAGGCUGCUUUGCCGAUGCUGCAACUAUGGGCUUCACCGCGCGGGUUCAAACGACCACCUUGAACCCCUACAACUGCGUUCAGUACUGCUCGGGGAAGGGCUACAAUUUUGCCGGGGCGCAAGCUGGUGGAGACACCCUCCAACACACCCCAGCAAUUUGGCAGGAAGACAUCAAACUCGCCGCUGCAGCUGGUAUCGACGGCUUUGCGCUCAACAUGGGCCAAGCCUCCUACCAGGUCGACCAGAUCGCCUCCGCCUACCAAGCAGCGGCUAGUCUCAAAGCAACAUUCAAGCUCUUCUUCUCGUUCGACAUGACUGCCAUGUACUGCUCGUCUCAGGGCGAUGCCCAAUAUCUCGCAAGCCUUGUCGCUCGCUACGCGUCCAACCCCUACCAGGCCUACUACCAGAACAAAGUCCUCGUCACCACCUUUGCCGGCGACCAGUGUCGGUUCGGGACCGGUUCCGCCCUGGACGGCUGGAACUACUUCCGAUCGCUCCUUACCAAGCAAAACAUCCCCAUCUACCUCAUGCCCUCGCUCUUUGUGGACGUCUACAGUACCGGCAACAGCUGGUACGACGGUCACUUUGACUGGGACUCGGCAUGGCCGCUUUCCUCUGCCAAUCUCGACGGGUCUCGGGAUCAGGCCAGCGUCGCCACGCUCAAGUCCAAAAGCAAGGGCUACAUGGCCAACAUCUCUCCCGCCUUCUUUACGUACUACGGUACCUCUGGGCAGUACGCCUACAACAAGAACUGGAUUUACCGUAGCGACAAUUGGCUCUUGGCGACGAGGUUUGAGACUCUGAUAGGGAUGAGGGCCCAGUUUGACAUGGCAGAGAUCACUACGUGGAAUGAUUACGGAGAGAGCCACUACAUCGGUCCUAUCCGAAGCGAACAACCCGGAUCCCAAGGCUGGGUCAACGGCAUGCCCCACACCGCGUGGCUCACCCUCAUUGCCUACUAUGCCCCAGCGUGGAAGAACGGCGCCUACCCCACCCCCACCGACCAGAUGAUCAUCUGGUCCCGCCCCCACCCCAAGAACGGCUCGCCCACCAACCCCACCCUCGGCCGUCCUCGCGACGCCGACUGGACAGACGACAACCUCUACGGUCUGGUCAUCCUCUCGGCCCCGGCGGACGUGGCGAUGGUAUCUGGCAACAGCAACAUCAACUACCUCAACCUCCCUGCCGGUCUGCACAAGCUCAGCCUCGCGAGCAAGGAGGGCGUCAUCGGCGGUCAGAUCUCCCGGAACGGACAAGUCGUCAAGCGUUUCUCGAGUGAUGGUGUCUUCAAAUUCAGCAGGUGA